AUGGCGCUACCCGGGAAUUUCAAGGUCUACGGCCUUAUAGCCGCCCUUCUAUCGCUGACAACAUUUGGUUUCACCGGGAUUCUGUUGAUAUUUUGCUGUAUUCUUUGUUUUGUGGCUGGCCUCCUCUUCCUCAUCUACAAAAAUGGACGAGCCGGCCAAAAAGAGCUGGACGCCAAGCUGGAUGCCCUGCUUGAAGAAUUCGAGUUUCCCCCGGGCUUGGCCCCAUUCCUGGCGAAUAGACGAAGAUUUGAAGAUAAGUCCGCAUAUUCAGAGAGAAUUUCAAUGACCGGCUCUGCCGGAAUGGAUCAGAUAUUGGAACAGAUGCUCAACUACAUCGUCCGUGAUUACGUCGACUACUGGUACAAGGAUAUGACAAAUGAUGAGUUGCUGCGCGAAUCGCUAAAAAGGACUUCAAGGCGGACGAUAGCGGCCUUUGCGCACUGCGUACGAAAAGUCGACUGGGUCCCGUUUUUUACCCGGCAUUGCGUGGAUGACUUUGCUUCGCAUCUCCGCCUUUUCCGGAUGGCUACGGAAAGAUUACAAUUUGAUAAAGAAAAGGGCUCGGGCAACGGCGAGGACCUGGAGAGCCACUUCUUCGACCUGGAAUUUGAGAUGGAGAAGAAGCUGUGUCGGGAUCUGCUUUCGACUACGCCUCAUUACGAAAAUGCCUAUCUCCACGAUCUGAUGGAUAUUUUGCUGUACCUGAUGAUGCCGCCGGAAGAUUUCCGGUGUCGCCCGCUACGAUUUUUGAUGAGAGAGAUCAUGGUCAAAAUCGUGUUCGUCCCGAUGCUCGAUCACUUCUCGAAUCCGGACAAUGUCAAUCAGCUGCUCGUUUGGCUGCUAUCCGAAGUCUCGCCUAAACCCGAAGAUUUCGUCCUCUCGGUCGAGCACAGCUCAAGUCAAAAAGAGCUCGAGGCCCUGAUAAAAUCGGUGAAGGAGGAAAUGUUGCAUUUGAGAGGGCGAGAUUCUGGAGGAGAGCAUGGUGAUUUUGUCAAGCAACAACUCGCGAGCCUCGAAUUUUUGGAGGCCACGAUCCGGAAGAAGCUGAUCUUCAUUUCUGAGGGUGGGGUUGAGAGAGGGGCGGAUGCGCGCUGCUCAAUCGUCGAAGACGCAAACUCAUCAGAUGGCCUAAUCCAGCUACCCGUCCACGUGGUCUUGACCAACUCCGUAGCCGUCAGCUAUUUCUGCGACUUUUUGAACACGGUCGGCGGGCAGAACUACAUCGAUUGCUACCUGGCCAUCGAGGGCUUCAAAGUGAGCGUGGAGCACCAGCUGCGAUCCCUAGCCAUGGGCGAAACAACAAACGAAGAUGUGUGCGAGACGAUAAAAGAAGCGGCGAAAUUCAUGUACCAUCAAUAUUUGUCACAAGAGGCCAUUACUCGGGUCCCACUCCGCGAAUCUGUCGUCGCCAAAUUCUUGCAUAGGAUGAAAAAUGACGAGCCGUCAGAUAGCUGGUUUGAGCAGAUACAGGAGGAGCUCUCGGAUGUCUUAAAAACUAACGAACGGUUCUACCCGGCUUUCAAGCAGGAUCCGCUUUACGAGAAGAUGCUGCUGGAAUUGGGCAUUAUAGGAAACGAAGAAGAGCGCUCGGAAAGCCAAGCGAGCGACUCAAGCUCGAUCCGUUCGGGUGGCACCUCGAUGGACCCUACUACGAUUGUUGAGAGGAUAGUGGAAGAAACACCGAUUUCGGCCUCCGAUCCCGCGCUCAACGCCGAGCCAAUAAUCGUUGCUAUAGUGGAGCCGCUCGGAAUUGGUCAACAAGGCAAGAAUUCGUUCGCGCUGUAUAAUAUUCGAGUGGAGAGGACGUUGGCAGGGAAGAAGGUUUCCGGCUGGAACGUCCUGCGCCGCUACUCCGAUUUCCACACCCUCCACAAUUUGCUGUGUCAUCAGUACCCCAAGAUCGCGUCGGUUAGCUUCCCCGGCAAGAAGACGUUCAACAACCUCGACCCGCACUUUAUCGAGAAGCGCACCCAGGCCCUCAAUGCGUAUUUGGAGGUUGUACUGAAUCCGUUGCUGCUCCGGGUUAAUAAGAACAUGGAUCGGCUUCUAUUCGAUUUUUUGAGCCAAAAGGAGUACACCGGAACGGCACAGCCUAUGGCUAAAAAGGUGAUGAGCGCAAUGUGGGAUCCGAUUGGCCGUGGGAUGCGAGCAGUUGGGACUGCCGUGGCGUCUGUACCGGAUCAGGUGGUUGGCGGUGUGACAAAAGUGGGCGAUGGCAUCGGAAAAGCGGCAAAAGCCGUUAUUGGGCCCCCCUCCUCGGCCAUCUACCGUAUGCCACCAACCCUAGAUACCGAUCGCGUGGCCGCAAAAAUUUCGGAUGAGGACACUACCGAAAAUAUUCCACUCCGAGUCAUGAUGCUCUUUGUGGAUGAGGUGUUUGGGGUACGGGCCCGGAACGCCUGGUUUCGACGCCAAAUGGUGGCCCUUCUACGGCAAUUCGUCACCCCACUCGGCACCUCGAUCAACAAGCGCAUCAUCGAUAUUGUCGAUUGGUUGACGUCGGACCAGCAGACUACGCUUUAUUUGGCGGCAAUUAGAGACACUCUCUGGCCAGAUGGUCAACUCGCCGGCCCCGCGCCGAUUCGACCAGACGAAUUUCACGAGAAAACGAGGGUUUUGUCGCGGGCUUUGAUGUUGAGCUGUCUGCCGGAUGAGUUACGACUAAUCCUCGGCCAAGAAACCACCUACCAAGGAAUCGCCACCAUUUCCGCCGCCUUCCAGCGCCCGCAUCUGAAUCGUCGGCUACUCUACGUCCUCCUUGAACGCCUUCUCGUCAACAUAUUCCCGAAAAAUCACUUUGAGAAAAUCUUUGCUCAACUGCACUCGAAGAGCCCGAGGUCUAGGAGGAGC